AUGAUGGACAGCGGCAGUGCUCCGCAGCUCGUGAUGCCCAGCAUCAAAAUGCCGAGCCGACGGCCGUUUACGGAAAAUGGCAAGAGCAUCGGGCGCCUGAAGAUACUUAUCGCGGGUGAUUCUGGUGUUGGCAAGACUUCACUUUGCAAAGCCAUUGUACAAGCUUGUGAGCAUAUCGUCCAUAUCGACCCCAUUGUUCCACAGGCUAGGUCGAGCAGGAGAUCAUCCAAAAGGACCGAAAAAAGUGCUGCUUCGAGGAGGGAUUCCAACUCAACGAGUGCAAUCACCGAGAUAUUUGCCAGCACCAAACCCUACCCAGAAUGGUGGACUCAGUUGAACGAGGUACAGGCGAACCAAAGACGAAAGAGUCUGGGUGACACUGUCCUUGAGCGCAACAUAUGCUUCGUAGAUACCCCAGGUUAUGGAGCAGGGUCAUCGGCCAUCGAGACCAUUGUACCCUGCGUUGAGUAUGUUGAGUCUCACCUGAACAACGUGUCUUCCGGCUCUUUGAGCGAAUCAGACAUGCUCAACAUGUUGGGAGGUGAUGGCGGGUUUCAGGUCGACGUCGUUUUUUAUUUGAUAAACCACAAUAUAAAGCCAGUGGAUGUCGAAUAUCUCCGCCGCCUAGCCCCGUUGACAAACAUUAUCCCGCUCCUGGCUCAAGCAGACAAGCUAUCUCCAGAGGAGCUAGCGGCGUGCAAGGUGCAAAUUCGCUGUCAGCUUCAAGAUGCUGGCAUCCGACCGUUCUCGUUCUCCUCGUCCAGGCAGGGUUCAUCUGUCAGCGACCCCACGGUGCCUUAUGCCAUUUCUAGCGCAGAUGUUUCGGAUCGCGACGUUAACUUGGAGCUGAGUCAAAUGGAUGCCUCACUUUUGAUGAGCCCAGACUACGUCCAGCCCCUGGCGCCAUCAGAGCUUCCUCUUUUAGUAGCGCAAGCAUUCAGCCUCAACGGCUCGUCGUGGCUACGCCACUCAGCCGCCAAGAAAUAUAUCCAAUGGCGGGAUGCCGUGAAUCCAUCGCAACCCAAGCAUCUUUACCAGCCACUCAGCCUUCCCGGUCCUGGAACAAUGCCAGCGCUAACUGGAACAUCUGGGGCAUUGAUUGGGCGUCCUACGGCUUUAGCCCUCGCACGCACCCACAAUCGUCAAGAAGAUACUCAGUUUCACCUAGUGGAUUGGGCUGCUGAUUUGCAACGAAGUCUUGCCAGCGAAAGAGCCCGGUACGAAGGAAUCGCUCGUGGUGAGCGUGCUCGGUGGCUGACAGCAAGGUUGAAUGAGUGCGUGAAGGAUGGCACUCUAGUACCAGUGAACGGCUCCAAAGAAGUGAGCCCAGAACGGAAAAGGGAGAGAAUACCAAAGCAGAGGCAUUCGAGGCAGACGAUGCAUCACCAAGACCCUCUUGGCUUGCUUCAAGUUGCGGCAGAUCUCAAAGCGAAAGGAUGGGUCGCUUUGGAGUAUAUCGGUUGCUUUGGCUUGAUAGGUGGGUUAGCGUACUUCUUGGUAAGAGAUCGCUGGCUAGAGCAGCCCGUCCGGCUAGCCGACGACUGGACGAGGUUGUGA